AGUGAGAGUCGUUCCCACGUGAGAGGCCGGCGGCCGAAUUCCUCGCGUGCGGCGGCCGCGGACGGCCCGGCGUCGGCCGGACGGAGAACCCCAGUCCGGCGCGCGCGGGCGGCCGGCGGGCGGCGGGGGCGGCGCUCGGCUGCGCCCCGAUGCGGCGGCGGCCCGGGAGGCUGUGAGCCCCGCGCCCGUCGUCGGAGCCCCCGGCGCCGCCGCGGCAGCGCCCCCCGGGCACGCGGCAUGCGGGCGGCCGACUCGGGCACCUGGGAGCGCGUCCGCCAGCUGGCGGCGCAGGGCGAGCCGGCGCCUUCCUGCGGGGCGGGGGCCGGGCCGGCGCGCCCCCGGGGGCCUGCAGCCUGCGAGCCGGGCGCGGACGCCGGGGGGCCGGCCGAUCGGUCCCGCGCCGGGGCGCCCUCCGUUCGAGCGGAUGGCGACUGCAGCCAGCCGGUGCUCCUGCGGGAAGAAGUGGCUCGGCUCCAGGAGGAGGUCCACCUUCUCCGCCAGAUGAAGGAGAUGUUGACGAAGGACCUGGAGGAGUCCCAGGGCGGCAAGUCCUCCGAGGUCCUCUCGGCCACCGAGCUCCGGGUCCAGCUGGCCCAGAAGGAGCAGGAACUAGCCAGAGCCAAAGAAGCCUUGCAGGCCAUGAAAGCCGACCGGAAGCGCCUGAAGGGCGAGAAGACGGACCUGGCGAGCCAGAUGCAGCAGCUGUACGCCACGCUGGAGAGCCGCGAGGAGCAGCUGCGGGACUUCAUCCGCAACUACGAGCAGCACCGCAAGGAGAGCGAAGACGCCGUCAAAGCCCUGGCAAAGGAGAAGGACCUGCUGGAGCGCGAGAAGUGGGAGCUGCGGCGCCAAGCCAAGGAGGCCACGGACCAUGCCACGGCGCUGCGCUCCCAGCUGGACCUCAAGGACAACCGGAUGAAGGAGCUGGAGGCCGAGCUGGCCAUGGCCAAGCAGUCCUUAGCUACACUGACCAAGGACGUCCCCAAGCGGCAUUCGCUGGCCAUGCCGGGUGAGACGGUGCUCAACGGCAACCAGGAGUGGGUGGUGCAGGCAGACCUCCCGCUGACGGCGGCCAUCCGGCAGAGCCAGCAGACUCUCUACCACUCACACCCUCCCCACCCUGCAGACCGGCAAGCGGUCAGGGUGAGCCCCUGCCACUCACGGCAGCCCUCUGUCAUCUCCGACGCGUCUGCCGCCGAAGGCGACCGGUCGUCCACGCCAAGCGACAUCAACUCCCCUCGGCACCGGACACACUCCCUCUGCAACGGCGACAGUCCCGGCCCAGUACAGAAGAACCUGCACAACCCCAUUGUACAGUCACUAGAGGAUCUUGAAGACCAAAAACGGAAAAAGAAAAAAGAAAAGAUGGGAUUCGGCUCCAUCUCCCGCGUCUUCGCCAGAGGGAAGCAGCGGAAGUCCCUCGACCCCGGCCUCUUUGAUGGUACCGCCCCUGAUUAUUACAUAGAGGAGGACGCGGACUGGUGAUACCCGCCUCCCUUCGCCUGCCGCGCGCAGGCGUGUCUUUGCGUGUGGACGUGCGUGCGAGCGCGGGGGAGGAGGGGCGCGGGGCCGAGGCGGGGCGUGCGUGGCGGGGCGUGUGCGCGCGCGCGAGCUCCCGCGCACGUGGGUGCUGGGCGUGGCCGAGCGCGGGCCCCGCCCCCUGCGGCGCCGCCUCUGUAAUUGAUGUACAUACUCCAACCGUGUGUGACUCUGUCAACUCUCUGUCGUCCUCAGAGCGCUACAGUUGUGUUGUUAAUCUGGGUUUGUUUCUGUUUUUGUUUCUUUUCCGUGUUUGAUUUGUUUUUUUUUUUUUGUUCGGUUCGUUGGGUUUUCCCCCCCACCCUCUUCCCCCUCCCCUCCUCCUCUUUAUGAAACUUGAAAACUUGAAGGACUGCUGUGUAUUUGUAAAUAACAGAACUAUUGUGCACUCCGUGCUUGUAAAUGUCCCUUGUCCAAACUGCUACUUCUGGAGCCCGUCUGCCCAAGGAUGUGGUCUGUUUUUGAUGUGUCCCCCCCCCUCCCAUGUGAACGCACGGGACCAGACCCUGUCCCCCACCCCUCGGGGCGCCCGAGUCACUUUAAGCGCCAGCUGCCCCCGUGGUCAGGGUAAGGCCCGCUCCCUGCCAAGACGCCAAGACCCGCGAGCCUGGCCAGGGGAGGCCUUGCCUUGAUCCGGCGUGCCAGAGGUCAAACGGGCUCUUUUUAACGGCCUGCCAGUUUUUAAAUUGCGUUGCCGUUUCUUUCUUUAUGGAAAAAAAAAAAAGAAAAGAAAAGAAAAUUGUUCCGUUUAAUUUAUUUGCACAAACGCAGAAGACUUAUUCUAUCUAAAUUAUUACAUAAAUAUUGGAAUGUAUAUUUUUCCAUGGGGUGGGCGGGAGGCGGGUGUUUCUGUUGACUUGUCUGUUCUAUUAUCAUGCUGCUGCCAAACUGUGCAAGGUAGACUUUAGGGUGGCCAGAACCCAGGGACUAUUGGAUUUCAAAGCUUGCUUUUUUCUGUUUUUUCUUCUCUCUCUCUCCUCCAUUCUCUCACCCCUGCAUGAAAGUGCACUCCACCUUUCUCUCCCUCCUCCCCACAGCUCCUCUUCAGGCCUUUAUGUAUCUACUUAUUUAUCUGAAAUAAGAAACACUGACCUCAGUUAGAGGAGGGCCUACUGUAAUGGUCACUUUCUCUUGGGUCUGUCUUUUGAGAGGUUGAGCACAGAGUGAGACAGCCAAUCACAUGACCACGGGAUAUGGCCACAGGGACCCUUGGCCUGAGCAGUGCCACUAGGGUCCUUGAGAGGCAUAGGUUCUUCCUGCACCCGUGUCUUUCUCAUCGUCUGUUAUUCUGCAUGUCGGCCAGGCAGGGGUCACUAAGGGAGGUGCCCAUCUCGAGGGAGGGGAGGGCUGUUGGGGACACAGUGUCCAGCACCAGAGCCUCUCUGCCCUCCCCAUUCUGCUUGGUUCCUACAGCCACACUUAACAGAAUCUCCCGGGAUCCCUUGGGCCCUGUCCUCCACCUUCUCGCAGUAGCCUAAGCCUGCUAACUCUAGGAGUGAAAGGCUGGCAGGAACAUCUCUCUGCCUAUUUGGGGAGCAGUGUUGGCCCCAAUGAGGCUUCACCAGCAAAGGAACCAUGGGGACUGUAAUGCAGAGUGGUGGAGAACACAUGAGCUUCUAAGCCAGAGCCUCCUAAGGCCUAACACUAGCUUUCCCUUUUCUUUUGACCUGUAAAUCCACCCCCGCACUCCACCUUAACUACUAACACAGCUCAGUUCACCCAUCCUCUGCACCACCAUAGUUGCGCUUUUCUGCUAACGGUAACAUUUUCAGCUCUUACAAGAUUUGAAAGUACUGGAGAGUCUGUAUCGGAAGGGUAGGAUAUUUUGUCCAAAGUCUCUAAAACAAACACAAAAAAAUCACCAGUAGGCUGCUCCCUUUUUUUCUGACUUGGUGGGGGGUGGGGGGGAUUGGGCAGGAACAGGCAGGGUACCCUGCCUAAUAAGGAGCUUUCUGGCCUCCUUUGGCUAAGCUGUUCCUGCAAGCCUGGCCCGGAGGGAGAGCGGCCCGGGCUGGCAUCUUUCUCUACAGAGAGAGAUUUUAGAAAAUACUUUUCUCCCCCUUGAAUUUUUUUUUUCCCUUUCGAUCGAUUUUUAUUGUUUGCCCUUUACUUAUGAGAAAAUAAGAUUGCAACCACUCCUGGUAAUGAUUUAGUAGUUCCUUUUCAUUUCAGUUUUUGUAAAUUAGGAGAUAAAUCUAAGAGUUACUAAGGAUGAUUUAUUUAAGAGAACUACGUCAAAUAGCGAAUGAGUUAUGGGUAAAUUAGAUGAAAAUAACUUUUCCCAUGGGAAAGGUUUCUCGAAGGCAUGGAUGCAAAUAUAAAAUAUAAAAAAAAAUCUAAAUAAAGCUUAUUUUAAAAUAUUA